AUGAAGGACGUUCUUGCGCUCAAGCAUCUCACAGUGGGCCUUGUGCUCCCGAUGGUGGGCAUCGACAAGGGUCACAAGAGCAGUUAUCUCAGCUCUAGACCGGUCGAUUUCCACACGAGCUACCCUUAG